ACUUCACUCAAUUGCACACAAGUAGUAUCAAUAAUACAUCAAAUUCAUCAUAUAGCACCAAAUUCCCCAUUAAAAAAAAAUGUCUCUUUUUCCCAAUAACCUCUUUGGUAGAAGAAGAUCAGAAUCACAAGAUCAUCACCAAACAUGGAACCACCCAUCAUACAAAACUCAUAAUUAUGGAGUUUCUCACCAAACCAACACACCUCAAAAUCAAAUAGCAACACCAUUCCUGAACGAACCAAUUGUCAACACAACACAAAUAGAGUGGACAGAAACCCAUGAAGCUCAUAUUUACAAAGCACACUUUCCGGGGAUCAAACGAAACGAUGUUCGAGUCGAAGUUGAUGAUGACAGAGUACUCUGUAUAAUUUGUGAGAAGAGUGUUGAGAUGGAAGAAGAGAGAGGAGGGUGGCAUCGUGUUGAAGUCUCUAGUGGUCAUUUUGUGCAGCGUCUUGCUUUGCCUGAAAAUUCUAAGGUUGAUCAUGUUAAGGCUUAUAUGGAUAAUGGUGUUCUCACUAUUCAUGUUCCUAAGCAUAGAGUUGGGAACAAACGUGUUAGAAAUGUUCAAAUUUCACAUGUGUGAAACAAAAUAUGUGUGUCUUAUGUAAUGAAUAUAAACUAUAGUAGAAAGUAUCUCUCCACAAGAAAAUAAAAGAUAAGUAAGUAUCUUUGUAGACGAUAAAUAACUAACUAUAUAUAUAAAUAUAUAAAUGUAUAAAUGAUAAAUAACUAACUGCUUUUCUUCUAUAUAA